AUGGAUAAGUUUUUGUUCUUAAAGUACUCUCUUAUCUUCGUCCAGAUCUUGACUCUCAUAUCAUUUACACUAUACUUAAGUCAUGUCUUUGAGGAGAGUUUGGAUAAUCAUAAAGCUUUGGAACCAAAUAUUGAUGACUAUAUCGAUGACAACCAGUUAUGGGAAUCGAGAAUGGAUGGUUUAGUGGUGUUUGGAUUCCUACUGUUCCUCUAUUGUGUCAUUACUUUUGGAGUAUAUUCUGUAAUCGAGGAAAAGAUCGGUCGGAUUCUUGCAAUGGAUGAGAAUGAUUGUGCCAUUUGUUUGGAUGGACUCAAUGAGGGCACUAAAGAAAGCAAUAUGCAGUUGAUAUGUGACCACCAGUUCCACAAGCAAUGUAUUAAACUAUGGUUUGACACAAAGUCCAAUUGUCCCGUUUGUCGCACGCAAACCAAUCCUAUCACCGAAGAGAUCCGAUGGUCUCUCGACGCCAUGAGAUCCACACUCGAG